AAAACCAUUCUUUCUUCACCACUCAAUCAGCCUCGAGAUUGUUGACCAACAAAGCAUUUCACUCUAAAAUACAAAAUUCUAAUGGAUAGUCACCUUGUGCCAAUUACUUGCAGCAUUUCCUCAUCCACACUACUUAUCACAGAACAAUCUCGACUUAUGGGUUUUCGCUUGCCGAGAAUUGUGAAUGCUAAGGCGAGUCUGAAACGGAGUCUUUCUUCCUCAGAGAAGACGGUGGUGCCUAAAGGCCACUUUGCUGUUUAUGUUGGAGAAGUUGAAAAGAAUAGAUUCGUUGUUCCGAUUUCGUUCCUCAAGCAUCCUUCCUUCCAAAAUUUAUUGAGUCAAGCAGAAGAAGAGUAUGGAUUAAAUCAUCCUUUGGGUGCUUUGGUGAUCCCCUGCAGCGAAGAAGCUUUCCUUGAUCUCACUUGCUGUCUGCGAAGAUCAUGAGAGUUGAUAUUAAAAUGGCUAACUUAGCAGAGAUUAACAAUGUAGCUUAAAAGCAAGUGUAAAUGGUAAAUUUGAUUACUUUUUGUAAGGACAUUAUAAAUGAGAAAAUUCCUUUUAUCA